AUGACGGUUGCUAGGCAGUGGCUGAAGUGGUUCUUCCCUUCAGCGAACAACUACUGCCCCUACCCACACCACCCUACUGCCCUACCACCACCCUACCCCCUACCCUCACCACCCUACUGCCCCUCCCCGCACCACCCUAUCCCCUAUCCACCGCCCUAUCCCCCUACCCGCACCGCCCUACUGCCCCUACCCACACCGCCCCUACUGCCCCUACCCGCACCGCCCUAUCCCCUACCCACACCGCCCUACUGCCCUCCCCACCCUCCUACUGCCCCUCCCCACACCACCCUACUGCCCCUACCCACACCACCCUACUGCCCCUCCCCACACCACCCUACUCCCCUACCCACCCCCUACUGCCCCUACCCACACCACCCUACUGCCCCUCCCCACACCACCCUACUGCCCCUCCCCACCCACCCUACUGCCCCUACCCACACCACCCUACUGCCCCUACCCACACCACCCUACUGCCCCUCCCCACACCACCCUACUGCCCCUACCCACACCACCCUACUGCCCCUUCCCACACCACCCUACUGCCCCUACCCACACCACCCUGACUGCCCCUCCCCACACCACCCUAGGUGUCCACUGCCCCUCCCCACACCACCCUACUGCCCCUACCCGCACCACCCUACUGCCCCUACCCGCACCACCCUACUGCCCCUCCCCGCACCACCCUACUGCCCCUCCCCGUGUGUGUACUGCCUCUACCCGUGUGUCUACUGCCCCUGUGUGUGUGUGUGUACUGCCCUCCCCGCACCACCCUACUGCCCCUACCCGCACCACCCUACUGCCCCUACCCGCACCACCCUACUGGCCCUACCCGCACCACCCUACUGGCCCUACCCGCACCACCCUACUGCCCCUACCCGCACCACCCUACUGGCCCUACAUGCACCACCCUACUGCCCCUACCCGCACAACCCUACUGCCCCUACCCGCACAACCCUACACCCCUACCCGCACCGCCCUACUGCCCCUACCCGCACUGCCCUCCCCGCACCGCCCUACUGCCCCUAG